AUGGCUGAAUUUAUAAAGAAAGGAUGGGCAAGGAAAAUUCCUGCUGCUGAAUUUGAAGCACCCAUUGGUAAAGCGUGGUAUCUUCCUCAUCAACCCGUUACAUCAGAACAGAAACCUGGUAAAGUACGCCUGGUAUUUGAUGCAGGUGCAAGAUAUUUGAACACAUCACUGAAUGAUCAAUUACUGCAAGGUCCAGAUAUGGCAAAUGGAUUGUUAUCUGUUUUGCUACGUUUCAGAAUGUACAAAUAUGGUAUAACUGCAGAUAUAGAAGCUAUGUUCUUACAAGCUCGUGUAACGCCUAGGGAUGUUGAUGCAUUGAGAUUCCUAUUUUGGCCUGAUGGAGAUUUGACAAAAACUCCUGUCGAUCAUCAGAUGUUAGUGCAUUGUUUUGGAAAUACAUCAAGUCCAUUUUGUGCAAAUUACUGUUUAAGGAGAACUGCAGAAGAUUUUGGAAAAGACUUUCCAUCAGAUAUAAGUGACAAUAUCAAAGAUAAUUCAUAUAUAGAUGACUUCCUACUUGGAGCAGAUAGUAUAUCUGAAGGGAAGAGAAUUGUCAAGCAAACCUCAGAACUUACUGAAUGUGGAGGUUUUCAUUUAAACAAAUGGAGGAGUAAUUCAGAAGAAAUUAUUUCUUGUGUUCCAGAAAAGGAUAGAGCACAAAUUCAAGCAAACGUAAAUUUAGACCCAAAUCGUUUGAACGAGUUUUGGGAGUUGUGUGCAUGGGAAAGCUGGACUAAAGCAAUUCCAGACUUAUCAGAAGUCAAAUUACCAAGAUACAUUAAACCGAAUUCAUUUGGGGUUAUUGUUUCACAAGAAUUACAUCAUUUUGGCGAUGCAUCACAAGUUGCCUAUGGAUCAGUUUCAUAUUUGAGGUUAUCAGAUGAAAACGGUCGAAUACACUGUUCAUUUUUACUUGGAAAAUCAAGAUUGUGUCCUAUCAAGACAAUAUGUUCACUUCCACGGCUGGAAAUUACAGCUGCUGCGCUUUGUGUGCGAGUGGAUAUGUUUUUAAGACGUCAAUUAAAAUUUGAGAAGAAUGUUAAGUCUAUAUUCUGGAGUGAUAGCACAGCUACUAUCCAAUCAAUUUACAAUUCGUCGAAAAGAUUUCCUACUUUCAUAGCUAACCGAUUAGCAAAAAUUGAAGAAGGUUCAGAGCCACAUCAAUGGCGUUAUGUUCCAAGUGAAUUGAACCCAGCGGAUUAUGCAUCCCGUGGAAUGACAGCAAAGAAAUUGAUUGCAAAGAAAUCAUGGUUACAAGGACCAGAAUUUCUCUACCAGAAUGAAGAGAACUGGCCACAAAUGCCAGUUAAAUUACCACAUUUACCAUUGGAAUUUAUUCAGAAAAAGCCAAUUAAAGUUCUAGUGAAUCUAGUGACAGAGAAUGAACCUUGGACAAGUUUAUCAACUAUUAUUCUUCAUGGUGAAUUGCAAACAGAAGAGUUGAGAAGAUCCGAAAAUGAGCUGAUAAAGUAUUUACAAAAUCGUGAGUUGAAUAAAGUUAUUGCAAAGUUACAAAAUUCUGAUGUACAAGGGAAAAGUGUGCUUAGAAAUUUGAAAAUUGCACCUUCAAUGCAAAAGUUGAAUCCUGUUUUAAUUGAAGGAAUAUUGAGAGUGGGUGGAAGAUUGCAGAACGCACCCAUAGAAUUUGAUUUGAAACAUCCAAUAAUACUGCCAAGUAACCAUCAUAUCACACAGUUGAUUGUCAGAGAAUACCAUAAAAGUUCACAUCAUUGUGGAGCAAGUCAUACAUGGAAUUUGCUGAGACAGAAGUUCUGGAUUAUCAAUGGAGCUGUUGUUGUAAAGCGAAAUAUUCGUAAUUGCAUUUUUUGCAAAAAGAGAAAUGCUUCGAUGGGUAAGCAAUUUAUGGCUGACCUACCUAAAGAGCGUGUGACACCAGAUCAACCACCAUUCACAUGUGUUGGAGUUGACAACUUCGGACCGUUGUUGGUGAAGCAAGGAAGAAGUUCUGUGAAGAGAUGGGGCUUGAUAAUAACCUGUGCAACAACUAGAGCAGUGCAUUUGGAAAUUGUGCAUAGUAUGGAUGUCAAUUCAUUUAUUAAUGGAUUAAGAAGAUUCAUUGCCAGAAGAGGCAAGAUGUCAACCAUUAUUGUGAUAAUGGGAGCAAUUUUACAGCUGGAAAUAAAGUGUUGA